CGCGCCUCGCGCCUCGCGCGCGCGCCUCGCCUCGCCUCGGGGCGCCUGGCCCUCGCCUCGGGGGGCCCGCGCCUGCCUGCCCGCGGAUGGGCGACGAGCCAGCGGCCAAGCGCCCCAGGCCCAGCGGUGCCGCCCUGCGCCUCGCGGCGCGGGCACUGCGGCCGGAGCAGCUGGUGUUCGGCGGCAGCUGGCUGGCGCCAGGGGCCGACGACGCGGCGGACGUCGGGCAGGACGCCGCCGAUGAGGCGGUCGCGGCCGCAGCCGCCGCUGGCGUGCGUGAAUUCGACACGGCGCCCUGGUACGGCGCGGGGGCCGGCGAGGAGCGGCUCGGCAGGGCGGUGGCGGGGUUGCCCGCGAGCAGCGGCGCGAGGAUAUUCACCAAGACAGGGCGGCUGGUCCGCAUGCCCGACGGCGUGACUCCGUGCACCGUCGGUGCUCAGGGCCCCGCCUUCGGCGACCGCGUCUUCGUGAACGACUACACCGCCGAGGGUGCCGCCGCGUCCCACGCCGACAGCCUCGCGCGGCUGGGCGCGGACCGGGUGCACGGCCUGCGGGUCCACGACCCCAACGACAACUCCACUUGGGACGGCUCCACCGACGAGGUGGCUGCCGCGCUGGCCCCGGGUGGCAUGCUGGAGGGCCUCCGGCGCCUGAGGGCGGAGGGGAAGAUCGAGCACGUGAGCCUCGGCAUGAACUGCCACAACCUCAACGGCAGGGCCAGGCCGGAGGAGGUCCUGCGCCUGCUACGGGGCGCCCCGCGGGGUACCUUCGACUCCGCGCUGCUGGCGGGCGGCUGGAACCUCCUCACCCAGGAGGGCUGGCCCUGCCUCCUGGAGUGCCAGCGGCAGGGCAUCCCCGUGCACCUCGCCGGGGUCUUCGCUUCCGGCGCGCUCGUCGGCAUGGACCGCUACGCCUACGAGAGGGCGCCGCCGGAGGUCGUCGAGGCCACGGGCCGGUGGCGGGCGCUCGCCGCCAGGC